AACGGUCCAUCUUGGGUCCACGAGAGCCCAUUUUUGACCACCGGAUGGGAAGACAUCAGUUUGUCUGGUUCAGCGUCGCUGAAACACAUGGCCAUGAGGAAGACCCUCUCUGACCAGAGAAAUCUGAAUGCGAAGUUAUUCGAGCAUGUGCCAUGGCGUAUUGCCGAAUAUCUUUGGGGUUGUCUAAAAGAAAGCCGCAAACAAACAUUUUAUAUGUGGAAGGUGUUUGCGACAGCAUAUCCUCAUGAGUUUAGAAAGCUGUCUCGCCAUCGCGAGAUGAAGAUCGAGGGGCCCAAGAUGCCUCUGGGGAAAUAUUUAGGUCUCGUGAAGAGCGACUCCCUCAGCUGGAUUGCCGUUCUGACGGUAUCAACGCAAUUUGCCAAAACACCCGAACUGGUGGACAUCGCAAUGAUUCAAAACCUGGGGGCGCUGAAAAUAAUCACACCUUCAGGGCUGUCUCAACAUCGUGGCCCUGACAAUCCAUAUGCUGCCGGUCUCAGUGAUCGAAUUGUGCGAGCAUGGAGCGAGCUCGCGGAUUCCUCUGGUGCGUUCAAGCACCUGCGCGUCUUGUACAUGGUGAACCAGGUCGGCUUGUCCCCGGCAAUGCUGCCUUAUCUGAACUCGUUCCCAUCUCUCUCACAAGUUGUCUUCUGCGGCUGCUCAGGAAUCAUCUCAAAGAGCAAGGCACAGUUGGUAAGUAGCGGCUGG